AGCUCAUGAAAAAAGGCGAAGUUGCCUUCAAUUGUCUGACCGCACGUCAUGGAAAGAGUUACUUUGUUGCCGCUCGCAAAGGAAUAAACUCCAAGAAAUAGCAGCGGCUCGUGGCGUGUGCUGAUACUUCGUGGGCGCAGAUUGUUUUUGGCCGUUUUCUGCUUUGUUGCUUUUGCUGAAUCCAAAAAGGAUCGACUGGAGAUGCGCAGGAACCUGUUUACAAGGAACACGCAGCAAGUUUCAGUGUGAGGGAAUGCGGCUUUUAAAAAUGCACAGGGAUACCAUUACUCAUCCAUCUGUUUUUCCUUCACGCCGGGCCACUUUGUCUUGCAAGUAGUCCCAUCACGGAUGGUUUUAAAGCUCUGUAAUGAGACACAAUUGUACAAUAAGUUAACAGCGAGGCUGGAGCCCACUUUGAGAGGAUUUUAAAACGGCCGUCGGCGCUUUUGCAGGAGCUCUUCGGUGAAAACACUUUUAGUUUUGAACCUGUUGUGUUUGUGAUGAGAAAGGAGGCACGGGGUCCUUCUGUAUUGAGAGGCCUAUUGUGUUACAGAUCUUUUGUAGCUUAAAGUUCUUGUUAGACCUGCUAGUAUAAUGCAAUAAUAGAUCAACAGCCUCAAUGGGCUGAGUAUACUAAUUGUUACCCUAGGCCUGUUUCAGACUUUUUAUUUUUGGCAGAUAGAAGUAAUAGUUUUAUGUAACUUUUGACAAACUCUGUGUUUAUUUAGUGUCAGAUCAUUAAAUUUACAUAGGUCAUAUUGUGCUGUGGCACACACGAUCGAACAGCUGCGAUGCCAUUUGAUAUGAGUUUAAAUAUUACAGUGAGCUAGUGUCAAAUGUUUCCAAUGUGGCAUGCACCGAGACAGCAGCAUCUAUAUAAUCUAAGCACUAUGUGCAUGUAGAAUUCUCUGGUUUCGCAGCCACGGGAGUAAUCAAAGAUGUCAGUGAAAGCCAAAGCCCUCUAUACUUUUUUAAGCGAAAACAAUGGGGAGAUUAGCAUCCAGGAGAAUGAGGAACUGAUUAUCUUUGACGAGAACUCAGUGGACGGCUGGUUUCAGGGGGAGAACAGCCGAGGGGAGAGGGGUAUCUUCCCUGCAUCUUAUGUGGAAAUUAUACGCAGUCGCUCCAACUCUAAUGUGACCGACUGCUCCAUAAGCCCAGCGGGCUCUUUAGGAAAGGACUUCUCCACUCCAAACACCUCGCUCCAUUAUCCACAGAAUGAUUAUGAUGAUGACGAUUAUGACGACUGGGAUGACUGGGAUGACAGGUCCACUGUUGUGGAUGAUGCUGAUCACGCCAGGAAUCCUGGAGCCAAUGGACAUGCCCCUGAGAACCCGAUGACCAACAAUCCCAAUGUGCACUAUCGACCCAAGCCGGCAUCCAGACAAGAUAGCAUCACCAGUUCUAGGAAGGGCAGUAUGGUGGGCAGGAACUUGAACAGAUUUUCCAGCUUUGUCCGCUCAGGGGUAGAGGCAUUUGUGUUGGGUGAUGUCCCCAUGAUGGCAAAGAUAGCUGAGACUUACUCCAUUGACAUGGGUCCCCUGGGGCCCCGGUGGAAGGAGAAUCCAAAGCCUUUCUCCUGCUCCAUUGAGGAUCCCACCAAACAGACAAAGUUCAAGGGCAUCAAGACCUACAUUUCGUACCGGGUGACACCAAGUCACACAGGGCGUCCCGUCUACAGACGUUACAAACACUUUGACUGGCUGUACAACCGCCUGCUUCACAAGUUCACUGUGAUUUCUGUGCCUCACCUGCCCGAGAAGCAGGCCACGGGGCGAUUCGAGGAAGACUUCAUUGAGAAGCGCAAGAGGCGACUGAUACUGUGGAUGAACCACAUGACCAGUCACCCAGUCCUUUCCCAGUAUGAAGGCUUUGAGCACUUUCUGAUGUGUGCCGAUGACAAGCAGUGGAAACUGGGCAAGAGAAGGGCGGAGAAGGACGAGAUGGUGGGAGCGCAUUUCAUGCUGACCCUUCAAAUUCCCAAAGAGCACCAAGACCUUCAGGACGUCGAGGAACGGGUCGACAACUUCAAGGCCUUUGCCAGGAAGAUGGACGACAGCGUGAUGCAGCUGACACACGUCGCCUCGGAGCUGGUGCGUAAACACCUGGGUGGAUUCAGGAAAGAGUUCCAGCGUCUUGGAAAUGCCUUCCAGUCUAUCAGCCACGCAUUCACGUUGGACCCUCCCUAUAGGUCAGAUGGACUCAACAAUGCCAUCUCUCAUACUGGCCGCACCUAUGAGAACAUUGGAGAGAUGUUUGCAGAGCAACCUAAGUAUGACCUCUUCCACAUGCUGGAUAAGUUGUCGCUCUAUCAAGGCCUGCUCGCCAACUUCCCCGACAUCAUUCAUCUACAGAAAGGUGCCUUUGCCAAGGUGAAGGAGAGCCAGCGGAUGAGUGACGAAGGGAAAAUGGACCAGGAAGAGGCUGACGGCAUUAGGAAACGCUGCCGGACUGUGGGCUUUGCCCUCCAAGCGGAAAUGAGCCACUUCCAUCAGCAACGAGAGGUGGACUUCAAAGACAUGAUGCAGGCCUACCUCAGGGAGCAGAUAGCCUUUUACCAGCGUGUUGUCCAGCAACUGGAGCGCACCCUGCGCAUGUACGACUGUCUGUAAAGACACCGAACUGCUUUCUGGGUCAGGAUGUCAAGAGAGAAAAGGAAAUGCACACACACAGAGGGAAAAAGAGGAAAGGGAGAUUCAAGUUUUGACUCUUUCAUCAAUGGUUCAGUUAAAAAAAACAAAACACUUGCAGAUGAAUGAAGCGUGGGUUACUGGAAAGACAUGCAAAGCCAGUCACUCUCUCACUUUGAUAGAUUCAAAGUUUUUGUUUUAUUAUUAUUAUUAUUUGUGUGUGUGUGUUUUUUUUUUCUUUUCUUUUUAAGACCUACUGUAUCUUUUAUUUCUGAAAUACACAGCACACAGCAUAUUGUUUAUUUGACAUAAUUUAAGGUGUUGGUUACAUUAAAGUAAGUGUAUAGGUUUCAUAUUCAUAGUGGAUCUAUAGUAGAAACGGGUUCUGUUUUUAAAGUCGUCCCUUUUCUCUUGAGUGUUGUGUAGCGUGGCCUCCACCGGUGAUUGAUUGAAGUCACAUCCAGUGUAAAAUGUUUAAACUUUUAACUGAACUUUCAACAACUUUCAUUAAACUAUCCAGAAUGUCCUCAUCAGUACUUCCUGGACAAAGAAGUGCACUGUACGCUCAAGAGGAAUAUGCCUUGUCGAUUGCUCGCGUGGCUCAGGCGUUUCAUACUUCACGUUAGUUACUUUGAAAAAAAAAAGAAAAAGACAAAUGGCUGUCUAAACUUUGCACCAUGUGAAAAAUGUACUGAUACCGUGUAAUUUCGUGAGUCCUUUUUUUUUUCUCUCCGUGACGUUUGUGCCUUUAAUGGGGACCGUUGUCUGUCGUCUGCAGUGUGGCUUGUGUUUUACGGGGCGAAUUGUUGGAAUGAGCUCAGUUACGAGACAAGUUUGCACAUGUUCUUUUUUUUAUUAUACUUUUAGGUCAUAGUCAUGCUGGGUGUGUUUGUGUUGUGUGGGUUAAGGAAUGUAACGCUGUGCAGAUCAAUUCCCUUGUCCUUGAUGGACAAAAAGAUGUUUCUUUAUAUGUAGCAGCAGGUGUAUCUGUAAGUUUCAUAUGAAAAGUGUUCAGGUAGUUUAAGUGGAGCAACUUGUAAUCAUAUAGUGAAAGCAAGACCACAUUCCUCCCAUUGUA